CGGCAACGAUGUACAUAGCAGUAGUGUAAGGAACGAACGAAAAAAAAUUACAUCACAGCUCUCUUCCAUCCGAGGCCAACCCUUUUUUGACGUUAUUCUGCCCCCCCAAGAACGCACGGUUCGUUCGAACACGCCAAGCCGAUAAGGCUACCUUGCCGCGCCGUAUCGUACAACAAAUUCCCUCCCAAAGCCUCGUUCGUGAUAAUCCCUCCCUCCCUUCCUCCAGCCAAGGAUUCCGACGUCGCCCGGAGAUCUUAGCCUCGGACUUCGCUGGUUAUCAGUAGUCCGACAUAUCGAAUACCACAUUCCUGCAAGCUGCGAGCUGCGAGCUGCGUACUGCUUACGACUGCGGCGCGGUAUCUAUCUAUCCAUUCCUAUCUCAUCCCAUCCCAUCCCGGAGAUUUUACGCGAUGCCGAUCUUACCGCGCAGCGCCCCCGGACGCGGCCUAAGCCCCUUCCCUCUGCCUUUCGUAUGCCAGUCGUGCCAGAGAUCGCUGCGCCGUUUCUCAGUGACGUCACGCCGCGCAAGCCCUACUGCCCCUCCAUCACCACCGCCUCCGUCCGGCUAUGCGCUGCUGACAUCCCGACGCUUGAUCAGCCUUGCCGGUCCGGAUGCGCCUAAAUUCUUGCACGGUCUGAUUACACAGUCCGUGGUUGACGAGCCCGGGGGCGGGAGCGGUAGACAUCGGCAUAAUACGCCGGUCCCCUCUCAUACUAGUCUCGCUGCGGGGGCGCCGGGUUUCUACAGCGGUUUCUUGAACGCGACGGGCCGCGUGCUGCAUGAUGUGUUCGUCUACCGGGAUACGCUAGGCGUUAGCGCGGGUGCGGCGGAUGGAGAGGCUUUUGUCGUCGAGGUCGAUGCCGCGCAGGUUGAUACGCUGGCGCGGCAUAUCAAGCGAUACAAGCUGCGGAGCAAACUCACGUUCCGGGUUUUGGACGAGGGUGAAGUUGCUGCGUGGCAGGUGUGGGAUGGUUCUUCUCUCUCCUCGCCUGACAAUCCGCAGUUGUCGCAUCUGAAAGAUAGUAUCAUCCUGCCGGAUACUCGCGCCCCUGGGAUGGGAUACCGAGUACUUCGACGCGGGGGAGCGAAUGGGUUAGACGUGGACCUGGCGCAAAGCGACGACAAUGCGUAUCGCGUGAGGCGGUAUCUGCUCGGCGUAGCAGAGGGCCAGACCGAGAUACCGCGCGAGCAAGCGCUUCCGCUCGAGGCCAAUAUGGAUCUCAUGGGAGGCAUCGACUUCCGAAAGGGGUGCUACGUAGGGCAGGAACUAACGAUCCGCACACGGCACCGCGGCGUCGUGCGUAAGCGUAUACUUCCGUGCCUACUAUACCCCUCCAAUCUUUCUUCCCCCUCCCCGCCGGGAGUUCUCGAGUAUAAGCCUUAUAUUUCCGAGGAGGAUACGCGUGGGGAAGGGGCCCAGGAGGGAUUAUCAGCAGAGGACAUCCCGUCGAACUUAAGUAUAGGCAGAGACGGCACCAAAGGCCGCAGCGCAGGGACUUGGCUUCGUGGGGUGGGAAAUAUCGGCCUGGCGCUGUGCAGAUUGCAGAUCAUGACGGAUAUCGAACUACCGGGGGAGACGGCGGCCGGAGCACCGUUUGACCCGGCUCGUGAUGAGUUUGUUGUUAAGUGGGGAGCGGAUGAGGAGGGCGGUGGAGGACAGUCCGUCAAGAUCAAGGCGUUUGUGCCGGAUUGGAUGCGUGAGAGGUUGCAGGAGGGCUCGUAAAGCGUUGGAUUUGCUCGUGGCUGUUGGACGGGUGGGCUGUAUAAAUAUUACGUUCCCAGAAGACGUGCGUAACUAUAUUGCUAUGAGACAUUGCCCAUAGCGUACACCUGUAUACUAUAUCGUAUAUACUAAAGUCCGCUUCGUAAACAUAUUAAAGAUCAAUUAUCCGUUUCAA